AUGUGUCGUCCGAUUCGACAGCAAUUCGUGGUUGUGCUGUAUUGGAUCUUGAAGGCACAAAGUCUGAACGGCUCGUCUUCAAACCAGGCACCAGUGCCGACCGCCUCGACAAUUACAGUGCCGCAACAGCAUCAGCAGCAGCAGCAGCAGGUUGUGGGAACAAUGGCGACUGGUGAUACGGGUCAAGUUUCGAACGUAGCGUACAUGUCAUCGGGAAUACUCGGUCCUGGCACGACGCAUCAGUAUCUCGUGCACCAUCCGAGUUCGUCGAAUUCGACGAUUAUGAUGUUGCAGCAACACCAGGUGCACACGAAUGGCUCUGGAAUGAUUCCGCCGUCGCGAACAUCGCCGACGAAUGAGAUGAAUCAGUGCCUCCAACCGGUGUCCGAGGACAGCAUUGAUGGAACUCUGCGGGAAUUCGCACCCGGAAACCAUUCGUCAGCUCCUCAAAACGUUCACCAGUAUAAUCAUCAUCAUGUUCAACAGAUUCAACAGCAACAACAGCAUCAUCAUAUGCCGUACAGUAUGCAAAUGCAGUAUCAACAAAUGCAGCAAACGCAACAUUCUCUGUACGCGCCGAUGACGUCAUCAUCGACGGCGGCGUCCCAACCACAGCCGCAACAACAACAGCAGCCAUCUCAACAGUCCCAACACAUGAAUGAGUCGAGUAAUUUAUCAUCCGCUGGCAGUGUGUCGGAUCGCGAGCCCGAGCAAGGUGGCACACCGAAACGGCCAGCUGCUCCGCAAAGCGCGACGACAACCGAGAAGAAAGUUCGGAAGCGGCGGAGGUUGGCUAAUGAGGACCAGGCGACGCCGAAACAUGAGAGGAAGAUAACCGAGUUCAUUAAGCAUUCGCAAGCGUCUCCGAAACGCUUCCUCGCUAGUGUUUCGAAUGGUCCCGCGCAACACGCGCAAACAGCUCAUUCCAACGGAUCGAAUAGCUACGGAAAUGAUGGUCCGAAUUCGGCACCUCAGCAUGAAAUACAAAAUGCGUAUUGGGGUGUUGGGACGUGCGGGCCGAAUAGUCGCGGAACUCCAACUCCAACACAAGCGAGUCAGCAACAACAGCAGCAUUACUCGUCGUCUGAGUCGAACUCAAACUCGAAUCAAUCACCGCCGGGUGGUCCGCGAAGUUUUGUGCGCAUGAUAGAUGGCGAGUGUCAAACGGAUGAAGGAAUUCAAAAUUCGACGUCGGCUGUCGAUGAAAUUGCGAAAAGAGAUCGUAUUAUCGAAGAUUUCCGAAGACAAAUUGAUGAGUUGCAGGCCAAGUAUUCGAACGAGCGCCGUAAGAAUGAGGCCGGUAAAGAGACGAUCAAGCGAUUGUUGAUUGAAAAGAAUGUGAUCGAGCGGAAAGCGUUGCGCGAUAAGACAACCGCUGACACGCCUCGCAUUGGUUGCUUCAAGACAACACGAACCGCCGAUUCAUUCCGCGAUCAGUGGUGCGACGGCUAUGCGUUUGAUGAGAUUGAGAAGAAGCAGCAGCAGAUCUUGAAUGAGCGCAACGAUCUCAUCAACGCCACUGCUUUGCUCAAAAAGCGGCGGCCGCAGGGAAUUGGAAAAGAAGGAACGAAGCGUGCGGCAGCUGCAUUGAAUCUUGAUUCGAACAGCAAUUCUAAUCAGCCAUCAACGUCGAGUGUUAAUGGAAAUGCUGAUGAUGCGAUUUUCCGAAGGCCCGAAGAGCCAAAGGAGAUAAAUUAUCAAGAAUAUAUCGAGCUGGAUGAGAUUUAUAAGCUUCGUCGUGAACAUCUCAAAAAGGAGGAGCUCGACCUCCAAAUUGAACGUGAGAAGCUUGAGCGAGAGCGUCAAUUGCACAUUCGCGAGUUGAAACGUGUUGCGAAUGAGGCUGCUUCGUCGUACAAGGAUCACUCGCUUCUGAACAAACGCUAUUUGAUGCUCAGCUUGCUUGGCAAAGGUGGAUUUAGUGAGGUUUGGAAGGCGUUCGACAUUGAAGAGAAUCGAUAUGUCGCAUGCAAAAUCCAUCACGUGAAUAAGGAUUGGAAGGAGGAGAAGAAGGCAAACUAUGUGAAGCACGCAAUGCGCGAGAAGGAUAUUCACAAAUCGCUUGACCAUUGCCGAAUUGUUAAAUUGUACGAUCUUUUCACAAUCGACAAUCACUCAUUCUGUACUGUUCUCGAGUACUGUCCUGGAAAUGAUCUCGAUUUCUAUUUGAAACAGAACAAGCAGAUAUCUGAGAAAGAAGCGAGAAGUAUCAUCAUGCAGGUUGUUUCUGCUUUGGUGUACUUGAAUGAGAAGAGAGAUCCGAUUAUUCAUUAUGAUUUGAAGCCAGCAAAUAUUUUGUUGGAAUCUGGAAAUGCGUGUGGUGCUAUCAAGAUCACCGAUUUUGGAUUGUCAAAGAUCAUGGAAGGUUCCGAAGCUGAUCAUGAUCAUGAUGGUAUCGAGUUGACGUCUCAAUUCGCGGGAACCUAUUGGUAUUUGCCGCCCGAGACGUUUAUCGUGCCGCCGCCGAAAAUUACUUGCAAAGUGGAUGUCUGGAGCAUUGGUGUUAUUUUCUACCAAUGCAUUUAUGGCAAGAAACCAUUCGGAAAUGAGUUGACGCAACAGAAGAUUCUCGAGUACAAUACUAUUAUAAAUGCUCGCGAGGUUUCAUUCCCGCCGAAGCCACAGGUGAGCUCGGUCGCGCAGGAUUUCAUACGUAGAUGCCUGCAAUACAAAAAAGAAGACCGCGCCGAUGUUUUCGAAUUGGCCCGUCACGAGCUUUUCCGACCAAGAGGAGCGAUUCGUGCUGCCGCUGGCUCAAUCAGCUCGCCGAGCAUUCCUCGAAGUCCUUCAAUUAACCGUGAAGACGACAAUAAUUGA